AUGGAUAAAUCUUGGAUUGAAAUACCUAGAAAUACAACAAAGUAUUUACUUGGUUUGAAUCAAUUUCUAAAUUUUGCAUUUAAGAAUGCUUCUAUAGGAGAUAGAAUAAAAUGUCCGUGUCCUAAAUGUGGUUUUGGGAAGUGGCAGAUUAGAGAGAUAGUGUACGAUCAUUUGAUUAGCAAGUCAUUCCCUCAAAAUUAUGUCACUUGGAUUCUUCAUGGGGAAACAGAAGUGUUGGAGAACUCUAGAAGCACAGAGGUUAUCCCGGAUGCAUUGCCUCCUGAAAAUCCUAUGGAAUUGUUGAUAAAUGAAGCAUUCCCGGGUUUAAGGCAUGAGGGCAUUGAUGCAGGUCCAUCACAAUUAGUUGGAGAAGAAGAAAUAGUAAAUGAUCUGCCUUCUUUAAAUAAUAAAGAAUUUUUUGAGUUGCUUAGAGAUGGAAGUGAAGAAUUAUAUGAAGGGUCCAAGUACUCGAAGCUAGAAUUUUUGUUACAGUUGUAUCACAUAAAGUGUUUGUCUGGGCUAAGUGAUAAGGGAAUGACUAUGCUGCUAGAUUUACUGAAUGAUGCAUUUGGAUUUGCAAAGAUACCUAAUUCUUUUUAUGAGGCCAAGAAUACCAUCAAAAAGCUUUGUCUUGAUUAUAUCAAGAUAGAUGCUUGUCAAAACGAUUGCAUGUUGUACUGGGGAGAUGAUGCUAAUGAAGAAACAUGCAAGCAUUGUCAUACUUCUAGAUGGAAGCCAACUAAGAAGAGCAACAAUAAUCACAUGUCUACUACGGGAAAGAAGAAAAAGAAGCAAAAGAUGCCCGCAAAAAUUUUGCGUUACUUUCCACUGAAACCAAGAUUGCACAGAUUGUUCAUGUGCUCUAAAAUUGCAGAGCAUAUGAGAUGGUAUGUGAAAGAUAAUAACAGAGAUGGAAUCAUGAGGCAUCCCAGAGAUGGUGAGGCAUGGAAAAGAUUUGAUACUACUUUUUUUGAAUUUGCUUCUGAUCCUAGAAAUGUUCGAUUAGGCCUAGCUAGUGAUGGUUUCAAUUCUUUUGGUAUGAUGAGUACUAAUUAUAGCAUUUGGCCAAUGAUUUUGGUUCCAUAUAACCUUCCACCUUGGUUGUGUAUGAAGCAACCAAAUUUUAUCCUCUCAAUGAUCAUUCCAGGUCCACGAACGGCGGGGAAUAAUAUAGAUGUAUACCUACAACCGCUUAUUAAGGAGUUGAAUGAGUUGUGGCGUGAAGGUGUGGAAACUUAUGAUUCAUCAAAGAAGGAAACGUUUAGAAUGUGA